UGGAGGCACCUCCAUUGCGACAUCAGAUAGGUAUUAACAUCAUUACCAGACAGAAGGAAACAUCUAGGUACGGACGUACUCGCGCGUCUCAAUUCCACCUUUACCACCAUGGGUGAGACCGAGAAACAGCCCGAACAACCCAAGGCUGUCCAGCAGAAGAUGGUCAUCGCAAACAAAGUGACCGGGACUGUGAAAUGGUUCAACGUCAAGAGUGGCUACGGUUUCAUCAAUAGAAAUGAUACCAAGGAAGAUGUAUUCGUCCAUCAGUCGGCAAUCGUUAAAAAUAAUCCGAGGAAAGCCGUACGUAGCGUCGGAGAUGGCGAGGUCGUGGAGUUCGACGUCGUUAUCGGUGAGAAGGGUCACGAAGCCGCAAAUGUCACCGGUCCAGCGGGUGAAGCAGUGAAGGGCUCGCCCUAUGCCGCGGACAAGCGUCGCGGAUAUCGCGGUAUCCAUUGGGUGUACCCGAGACGCGGCAACGGCCGACCUCAGAAUCGUAGACCACGUGAAGGCCAGGAAGGUUACGAUCAAGGCGAGGGAAAGAGCGGUGAUGAUGCGAAUCCGACCGAGGGCCAGGCACCGCAGCAACAGCGUCGCUAUAGGUUGCGGCGUCAUUAUGACGGUUAUUAUCGCGGAGGACGGCGUUCUGGGCCCGCUCCCACACAGCAGGGAGAGAAUGCUGGCGAAGGUGGUGAACAAGUGGAAGGAAACGGCGAGGGUAAUGCCCCGCCGCGCGGUGGCGGUCGUGGACGCGGGGGUCCGUCACGACGUUACUUCCGCCGCAAUUUCCGCGGGGGAAGAGGUGGCGGUCCGCCACGACGUCCUCGCAGCCAGGAUGGCCAGGUGAGGUCGGAGCAGAAGUCGGAUGCACCUAAAGAUUCAGAUGCACCUGCCGCGGCCCCUGCUCCACAGGAGAGCCAACCGGUGCAAAACACCACCACCGAGAGUACCGCUUAACCGAGAGAGAAUAACGCGCUACUACCGUAAGAGGACACUCCUUUUAAUAUAUAACACCAACACCCGUUAUACACUCAACAACAACUCAAAUAACAACAACAAGUAUAAAACAAUUGCAAAAAAAAAUCCAAAAAAAGAAAAAAUAAAAAAAAAUUUAAGAAAUCAACAAACACUACUCCACACUCUCGCAAAUUACAAUUAAGAUAUGUACGGGGAAAAUGCGAAGAAUGCGUUGAUUAAGAAGUGUGCGGCGAAAUCAAAUUCACCCCAUGAGCGAAGUAAAACUUUUGUUUUUUUGUACUUUCGAAAUUUUCACGCACAGCAUAUAUAAUGUCGAAGAAACGAUAGAGACGCGAAAGGGAAAUUCUUCGCGGCUCUAAACGCUUCUUUUAACUAAAUGAUUUAAUCAAGAGUAAUUAAACCGCGUAAUGAUUACGUUAUUGUACGACGGUUGAUUAAUCGAAUAAAAAUAAAGUGAGACUAAAGCAGCAGAGAGAAAAGGGUAAAGCAAUUACGGAGUACGGAGCGAUGAAUUCGAGCGCGGGCAAGAGAUAUAUAUUGUAUACGUAUACUUUUGUUUUUUUGGUUUUUUUUUGUGCAUUUCUUGUUUCGUAUAUUACUUCUGAUUUUUCUCCGGUAAAACGCAUUACAAAUCGUUUCAUGUGCGAUAUUUGAGUUUAUUGCUAUAUUUCCGCGAGUUUUCUUCACUUUCGGCGACUUUUUCAUGAAAGGAAAAAGAAAAAUCGAUUGAUAUUGAACGGAGUACCACUCGAAUUUUUGUCUGUCUCGAAAUCAUUCGUUCAUUUUCGGCUUUAUAUAUCAAAAUUGGGCGGACUACCGUAUUGCUUUCGCUCUUUUGGGCGCAACUUUACCUUGCGUUGAUCAAUAAGCGUGUAGCGUAAAUACAGUACAAUUUUGAAGUACGCUCCUUAAAUAUGAUGAUGCGGUUGUGUCGAGUCUAAAUUUUCUUAUACUUUAUAAGCGAUUUGUUACACGUAGAAACGAUUAUUGUAAUAGCAUUUAUCUUGGCUUAAUUUUUUAUAAUUGUCAAUACUGGCCCCUGGCGGGUCCCGCGGUGUACAAUUAAUUAGCGAUUAUUGUUGUUUUGACUUUACGCAUUAUUGAUUAAUCGCGAAUUAGGACGCGAAAGUUUGUGAGAUUUCCCGCCUACUCCGAGAUGCAUUCAUAUCUGAUAAUGCGAAUAAUAUUUAGGAUAGGGCCAAUAAGGAGAAUGAUGAUAAGACAGUAUCUGCAGUGUGUCGUUGAGAGAAAAACAAUUUUUGGUCGCACUUUGAUGCUUGCAGCCUGGAAAAGAUUCGCUUCAUGAUAUCUCACAAACUUUCGCGUCCAGAGCGUGAGUAAAUCGUCCGGUCGUUUCUAAAAUUGACAUCGGUCGACUAUGCACCGGGCAAGUCGUUUUUUACUAAACCACUGAACGUUUGCCUAUGCGGCAAUCGACUCGAUUUGACAUUUCGAAACAAGAGCCGGGCGUAUCACACACAUCGGCUUGAUUGACAAUACGGAUAACGUAGACUGUCAUUAGAGUACGAAGGAGAGAGAGAGAAUAAGAGAGAGAGAGAAAACAUACUUUAUAUAAUUUUGCAUGAAAAUAAUUUUUAAAAUUUUAGUUUGUAGUAUCGUCGACGGAUAAUAAAAAAAAUAUAUACGUCUACUUUCUGUAAAAAGAAAAAAAAAAACAAAAUUAUCUUUAUAUUUGGCGAAAUUUUCUAUUGAAUUUGUAUUUCUUUUCCAUUUAAAGUCUAUAUCCAGGCGACACACAUCCGCGAGAUAUCACGGAGAUGUAUAAGAAGAGACAGACAUCUUUCAAUCGUCUUCGUGUCGUUUGGAUGUAGCUUACCGAUAUCAUAUGGUGUUAUUGUUUCCGUCGUCUGUGCUCGUCGAUCAAAAACUAUCAGUGUUGCGCAAAAUAUAUUCGCGAUACAAAUGAUCUCGAAUAUGAAUAUAUUAUUGGCGAAUGUAUUAGCGUAUAUAGAAUAUAUACACAGAAUAUAUGUACAUAUUUUCGUACGAGAAAUGUAUUAACGUGCAUUUUUUAUACACGUCAAUGCAUUGAACGACAAAUAGGUAUUCAAAAUUCUUGUUCGCGAAUAUAUUUUGUCCAACACUUUCCACUGACACGCAGUAACCGUAUCCUGCCUAGGCGCCAGCAGACUAAUUCCGCCCAAGAUAUUAUCCUAUACAUCACGAUGAUCGUUUUUAAUUGUUUCACAUUAUCCUAUCGUAUCCCGUUUGUCAAGUAGCGCUUUGCCAGGCCGCAACCCAAGUGUGUCUUCGUAAAAUUGCAUAAUAUCUCUGUUUGUGUAGCAAAAAAAUCGGAAAGAUCGAAAGAUUGAGUAUUCGAGAAAUAUUGAAAGACAUCCGAUUUGGUUUAGGAUAAGCGAAGCGGUUUAAGGGAGUUAAUAAGACGAGAAGAGGAAAUAGUGCGUGUGCGUGAGUGUGGUGCAAAGUGGAGAGAGAUAAACGCGCGGUUACGUUACGCGGACGUGCUCGCGUUAUUUACAUUUUUACAACUGUAGGAAAAAAAAAAUAUAUAUAUAUAUAAGCGAAGCAAUCUUGAUCGAGAAUGUCGAUCCCGCACCGAUGGUCGCCGAAAAUCUUUUCCAUUUGAUCCCAUAUAAGAGGGAACCCAGCGGACACGAGAUAUGUUAUAUCGAUCGACACGUACGUGUCGUCCCUCGUGUUUUUUCGCUUUUCUAUUAAACUGCAAUCCGCGUCCGUUGGGACAAAAUCGUGCGGCGACUCUUCGGGCCCGCGUUUUGUUUAACGUAAUCACCCUCCGUUGUCUAACGUAACCGCGCGUUCCCACGAAAAAAAAAACACGGUAGAAAGAAAUAAAAAGAAAAAAAAACUACAAAAGAAUCCACACAAGAGAGACCGGCCUCUCGAGACACAGCGGAGAGAGAGGCGCGAAACAAGCAAAAACUUGAAGCGAGCGCGCCGAGCGGGCGCGCGAUUGUAACUGCAAAAAAAGAACAAUGCAUGUGUUAACAGUGAAUAUCAGAGUUAAAGCGAUAAAAGUCGUAAAGCCAAAAAAAAGAAAGAAACAGAAUAACGACGAGAAUUUCCAGCAAUUAAACUUAUACGCGGUAAAAAAAAAAGAACGGUACCUAAGAUUGCAACCGAGAAAAAAAGAUCUCUCGCACAGUUUGUGCUUCGUCGUUCGGAUUAUCGCUGUCGUCGAAACAUUUUUUUCGACGCAGCAGUCGCCAGUCAAUCGCGAUCGCUCGUGAAUAAACGUGUAUACAUCAUAUUCGUUACAUGAGUUGAGAGAGACACGGCUUACGAUCGGGGAAAAAUUCGCGGGAGGAAAAGUAGCGGAAUUUUUCACGAAACACAAUCUCCAUAAGCCGGUUCUUUGUAUGUCAAAUAUCUUCUCCUCGAUCAUCGAGAUUAUUUGACAUACGAAGCGUCCGAUCGUAUGUAGAUUGCUCUUUCGAAAAUUCACGGUCCUCCGAAUAUAAUAUUUGCGAAUUAAUGGCCCGGUAUCGUGUCGCCAAAUUUCGCGAUUGUCAUUGGCGUUUUUCGGUUCUCUCCUCUCGCCGAAGAAAAAAAGCUUAAAGGCCAUUGCACAUGAAAAAAUUUUAGUCGUAACCAUAAGGCCGUAAGCAAAUCAACCAAUCACAGUUAAACAUUCUUAUUACGUUAUUGGAAUGCUUGAUUGUAAUUGGUCGAUUUGCUUAUGGCUUUACGAUUACGACUAAAAUUUUAUCACGUGCAAUGGCCUUAACUUACCGCCUAUCGGAAAAAGAUAAUGAAAAAAAAAUUGAUCCUCUCAGGAAGAAUUUUCGGGAAUGAAGGGGAAGAUGGGUGACGCGUUCCUUUUCGCUCGAAAUUUCCGUCGUGCAUUCGCGUCGCGUGUCUACCGAAGAAAAUAAUCGCAAUAAAAGAGGAUAUCACGUCGCGACAGUCAAUUAGAUCCGAUUCGGGUUUCACGCGAGUAAAGGCGAUACUCGAGAUAUAUAUAUAUAUAUAUAUAUAUGGCGAUGUGGACGAAAAAUAGAAAGGUAAAAAAACAGGGGAAAAAGAACCGAAAUCCCGAUCGAGGAGACGUUCAACUUUCGAGAGACAAAGAGAGAGAAAAAAAAAAGAAGAGAAAAUCUAUCAAAAGACCUCGACGAACACUGGGCGCGACGCCGUCGUCGUCGUCGUCCGAGCGUGUCCCCGAGUAUAACAGUCGUCCGUCGACUGCCCUUCCUCUACACACAAUGAAUUUUGUACCGAAACAUGAAGCUCUAAAUGCUAAUUUCAUACACGGAAUUUAAUUUUUUCACGAGAAACAUGUGCAUUAUAAAAAAUAAAUCUACCAAAAAAAUUGCAAAAGUCAA